CACUCCACUGGUCCCCACUCACUUUUUGGGUGCCCAGGCUAUCAGCACGGAAGAGAAGGGUAGCAUGACUACGGGAGAGAAAGGAAGGGAGGAGGGGCCAGCCAAGAGUGCCCUGCGGAAGAUACACAGGGCCACCCUGGUGAUCAACUUGGCCCGAGGUUGGCAGCAGUGGGCAAAUGAGAACAGCACCAGGCAGGCCCAGGAGCCCGCAGGCUGGCUGCCCGGGGGGACCCAGGACCCACCUCAAGAUCCUAAACCAGUGAUACAUCCCACUCCCCACCAGAAAGCCCAGAGCGCCCCCAGGUCUCCCUCCCUAAAGCCGGAGGGGCCUGGGGAAGGACCGAGCUCAGGGGAGGCCUCGGAGGUCUCCCCUAUCAAAAGGAAAGAGGUGACCAAAACGGUUGUCAGCAAAGCUUAUGAGAGAGGAGGAGACGUGAGCCACCUCAGCCACCGGUACGAGAAGGACGGCGGCACAGCUGGCCCUGGGCAGCCGGAGGAUGACAUCGACAGGAUCCUCCACAGCCACUCCCCGACACGGAGGAGAAAGUGCUGCAACCUGGUAUCCGAGCUGACCAAAGGCUGGAAGGAGAUGGAGCAGGACGAGCCCAAGUGGAGGAGCGACAGCAUAGACACGGAGGACAGCGGCUACGGAGGGGAGACCGAGGACAGGCCCGAGCAGGACGGAGAGCAGGUGGCCACCGCCCGAAUCAAAAGGCCCUUGCCCUCCCAGGCAAAUAGAUUUACAGAGAAACUCAACUGCAAGGCCCAACGGAAAUGCAGUCAAUUGCAGGACCUGAAAGGAAAAUGGCAACAGUGGGCUGACGAACACAUACAAUCCCAGAAGCUCAACCCUUUCAGUGAAGAAUUUGAUUAUCAGCUGGCCAUGUCCAACCGCCUCCACAAGGGAGACGAAGGCUACGGCCGUCCCAAGGAGGGAACCAAAACAGCCGAGAGGGCCAAGCGAGCCGAGGAACACAUCCAUCGGGAAAUUAUGGACAUGUGCUUCAUUAUCCGCACAAUGGCUCGCCACAGACGUGAUGGCAAGAUCCAGGUCACUUUCGGAGAUCUUUUUGACAGAUAUGUUCGCAUUUCAGAUAAAGUGGUGGGCAUACUUAUGCGUGCCAGAAAACACGGACUGGUGGACUUCGAAGGAGAGAUGCUAUGGCAAGGCCGAGAUGACCAUGUUGUGAUUACUCUACUCGAGUGAACCUUCAACAGCAAAAGCCAAACUUGACCCACUAUUGUCUUAAUGCUAAAUGCUAAUUUAGUCAAAUUAAAAUGCAAACUGUUCUGUAAUAAGUAGGAUAUAUUAAACAAUUUUUACAUGAAUGA